AGCCAAUGAAAUCCUCUUAAAGCUAAUAACAGGCUCCACAGUGUGAUAUCGAUCAGUAUUUAACCCGUUUACCGUAGGCUGCCUAUCAAAACACGUCCGUCUUGACUCCGUCUCGUUGACUUGGGAUCUAAGAAACCUCUGAAGAAAGUGGAUACCACCACCUCGGACGCUUUCCCAAGCUGAAUACCAUGGAAGCUCAAUCCACAGCUUUCAUCAGAUCCUCCAGUUUCUCAAUAGAUAACAUUCUUGGUAGCAAGGGAGAAGAUGCUCCGACAAGUUUAAAACUUGAACUUCCAGCUAACGUAAGCGAGAGUGUACAGCGAGACUUUCAGUUAUGUCCUCCAUUCCUUUACGGCGGCCUGAAUACAUGGCAGCACUAUCAGCCACAUGCAUGCCCUCCGUUCGACAGAUCACGAAAAACAACCGUUAUACAACAAGAAAGCAGCUCAAGAGAGCGACGAAGAUGCCGAGAUCCGUCAAAGAAGCGUAAAAGAACGGCUUUCACCACAACACAAGUUAAAGAACUUGAAGGCGAAUUUCGCAGAAGCAAAUAUUUGACCAUUUCUCGUCGAACAGAGCUUUCAAAAUCUCUCAAGCUGACCGAAACACAAAUCAAAAUCUGGUUUCAAAAUCGCCGGACCAAAUGGAAAAGAAAAAUAGCGGCAGAGAUGGAAUUUAGUGUCAGAUCAUCCGGGAACGUGUAUGGUCCCCAUCAUCCGGGAAUUCAUCAUUGCAACCAACACUGUCACCCUGGUAAUAACAUGCCAUAUAAUUACUGUCAGUCAGGAUUCUCACCGGUUCUCUGCCAUCCUCAGCUGUCUUAUCCCACAGCGCAUGUUUCUCACGUAGGAUUUUAGCCAAUGACAAAACGCUAACAUGACAAAGAAUAUGUAUCUCUGAGCCGGAGGGCCGAUGGUACUUGGACAGAUCCCAUUCGUAAAAACCUGGCCAUUUUACUUAGAAUU